GUGCCCGACCUGCCCGUGCUCAGCCUGCCCAAGGAGCCCCUCAAGGCUCACGGGCGGCAGGAGCCCAGCGCCCGCCCGCCCUUCAUCCACCACCGCGAGUCCCCAUGGAAGCGCUGCCUCAGCGCCUGGCGCGACGCGGGGCUCUGCGGGGUGCUCCGGGAGGUGGCCAGCGCCGAGGAGGAGGGGCUGCGGUGGCUGAGGACGGGCUCGAGCCACGCGCUGGCCGUGUGCCACUGGCUCUCCUCGCUCCACGGAUCCCUGUUCCCACACCUCUCCCUGACCAGUGAGGACAUGAUUGCAGCCUUCUCCCAGGCCGUGGACUGGGCCGGAUGCCCCGUGCGGGCCUUCGCCUGGCACCCCCACACCAACAAGUUUGCUGUGGCGCUUCUGGACGAUUCCAUCCGGGUCUACAACUCCAACAGUGCCACCGUCCCCUCGCUGAAGCAUCGCCUGCAGAGGAACGUGGCCUCCAUGGCCUGGAAGCCUCUCUGUGCCUCCAUCCUGGCCGUGGCCUGCCAGAGCUGUGUCCUGGUGUGGCACCUGGAUCCCACCUCCCUCUCCACCAGACCGUCAUCAGGCUGUGCCCAGGUUCUGUCCUACCCGGGGCACAGCCCUGUCACCAGCCUGGCCUGGGCACCCAGUGGGGAGCGGCUGCUCUCGGCGUCACCGGUCGACACGGCCAUGCUGGUGUGGGACGUGUCCACUGAGAACUGUGUCCAGCUGCAGUGGUUUGGGGGUGGUGGUGUCACCUACUUGGCCUGGUCACCCGAUGGCAGCAAGGUGCUGGCAGCCACCCCCUCGGCCGUGUUCCGGGUGUGGGAGGCUCAGAUGUGGACGUGUGAGCGGUGGCCCACUAUCAGAGGACGCUGCCAGACGGGGUGCUGGAGCCCGGACGGCAGCCGACUGCUCUUCACGGUGCUGGGGGAGUCCGUCAUCUACUCCUUGUCCUUCUCCGAGUACCGGGGGGAGAUGCAGGGGCAGGUGGGGGGCUCCAAAACAGCCUCGAUCGUGGCAGACCUGUCCGAGACCACCUUUGAGACGCUCUACGGGGACGAGAGGAUUGGAGGAGAGGUGCAUUCCAUGGUGUGGGACCCCACUGGAGAGAGACUCGCAGUGAUCAUCAGAGGACACCCCGACUCUCCGGGCAGCCAGACGGCCAUCGCCGUGUUCCGCACCCGCAACAGCCCCGUCUUCGAGCUCCUGCCCUGCGGGUUCGUGCGGGGCGAGCGCGGUGCCCAGCCCCAGAUCAUCGCCUUCCACCCCUGCUUCCCACGAGGAGCCCUCCUGACCGUGUGCUGGUCCUCGGGGAAGAUCAGCCACAUCCCCUUCUUCUUCGUCAGUGCCCACGUGCCCCUGGCCAGCCCCCACCGCAGCCCUGUCCCCGUCGUGGCCAGUGUGAGGGAGCAGCCCCUCUUCUCAGAGCUGUGACCACAGCCCGGGGCCUUGGUGGCUCCUCUUCCUCCCUGGGCAGCCUCAUCUUCCUCCUGGGACCCCUGGCGGCCUUCAACCCCUUGGGGGGCAGAGGGGGUCUCCCAGAGUCUGCAUCGAAUAAAGGCCGAUCUUUCCCCCC